AUGUCAACAGAAAAUAACGCGUUAAGUCCUCAUGUUCAAGCUGCUAUCGAUUCAGUCGUAGGUAGUAGAGUAAUUGAUGUUCAUUCUUAUCUUGAAAAGAGAAAGGGAGAAGAGAUGAAAUCAACAAAUGAUAGUACUACCACCCCCGCUGAAGAACAAGAAACUACUGUCCUUUCUCCUGCAACAGCAGAUCUUCAGGAUGCUAUUUCAACUGCUAUUAAAAAUGUUGUAGGUUCUCGUGUCAUUAAUCUGGAUAGUUACUUUGAAAAAGCGGAUACAUUUACUGAGGAAAUCAAACAAUCCGUUCCCGAGGUUCUCCCCGCUGCUGUAGACGAAACAAAGGAAGAGGCAAUCGAUAAUAAGGAAGACGUUGUUCAAGAGAUCAAGGAGACAGUUCCUGAAGUAGCCCCCGCUGCCGUGGCCAAUGAGGAGCCCUUGAAGGUAGACUUGAGAGAGGCUGUUGAAUACGCUAUUCGUUCUGUUGUCGGCUCCUCUGCCGUUGACGUUUAUGCUUAUUUGGAAAAGACAAAGGAAGCUACUGGAAGAGUGGAAGAGAAGGAGGAGGAGGAGAAAGUGAUUGAGGUAACUGAGAAAGUAAAGGAAAUUGUUGUUAGUGAUGAUGAAAAGCCAAUCACUGAAGUGAAGGAGGAUGUUGUUGAGGAAAUUAAACAAGAAAUCCCCGAAACAGCUCCUGCCGCAGUUGACGAAACAAAAGAAGAGGCUAUUGAUCACAAGGAAGAUGUUGUUAGAGAAAUCAAUCAUCUUGUUCCAGAGGCUGCUCCCAUUGCUGUUGAUCAAGUUAAGGAAGAAGCUAUUGAUUCUAAAGACCAGCUCGUUGAGGAAAUUAAGGAAACUGUCCCUGAGGUUGCUCCUGUUGCUGUCACUAAUGAAGAACCCUUGAAAACAGAUAUGAAGGCCGCUGUUCAAUAUGCUAUUGACUCUGUUGUCGGCUCUCGUGCUGUUGACGUCUAUUCCUAUCUUGACAGUAAGAAGAAACCAGUAGGAGCUGAACAAACCCCUGCUCCUGCCGCUGCCAUUCAAGAUGUAAAGUCUCAAACUCAAAAUUUGGCAAAAACAAUUCAAUCUGCUGCUGUUGUAGAGGAAGAUGAAAAGGCUGCUAAUUUGGAAGAUGUCAAGACAGAAGCUUACUCGUUGUCUGAUUCUGUUAAGAUGGCUGCUGUCGCUAUCGGUGGUGCCGCUACUGCUGGCGUUGCCUCUCUUGUUUCUGCUGUCAAGAACGAUGAAGAUAAUCACUCUGAUGACGUAACCGGUGAUGUUGAGCCUAAGAUUAAGGAUACAGUCAACGAUACUAUUCAACCUAUUAAAGAAAACAUCAACGCUACUGUUGAAGAAGCUCAAAAGCAAGCACCUGUUAUUCAAAAGACAAUGGAUGAUAAGGUGAACGAUACUAAAGCAGCUGUUGCUGAAACUGUUGAAAGUGUUAAGAAUACUGUCAAGGACAAUGUUGAAUCAGUCAAGGAUACUAUGAAUGCUACCGUCGAAGAAGCCAAGAAGGAUGCCCCUAUUAUUCAAAAGAGUAUCGAUAAUAAGAUAAGUGACAACAAGGCUGCUCUUUCCUCUGAAGCCGAAUCUGUUAAGGCUGCUGCUGCUGAAACCAAGUCUGUUGCUGAAGAAAAGACAGCUACUCUUACUGAAAGCGUCAAGUCUGCUGUUGCUGGUACAGUUAACCUUGCACAAGACAAGAUUGCUCAAGUUCAAAAGGAACUUCCUGUUGUUCAAGAGGAAGUGAAGAAGACAGUUAACCAGUAUGUUGAGGACAUGAAGGCUAUGCCUGCUACACAAAAGGUAAUGCAUGCUGUUGGUACCAUCGAAGAAAAAUUAGUAAACACAAUUCAAAAGCCUGAGCCUGCUAUCCCUGUCCCAGUUUCUUCUAAUGAAGUAAAUCCUGUCUAUCCUAAAGCUCCUGGUCAAGCUUCAGUUGGACCUGCUGUCGCUGCUGCUCCUGUUGCACCUGGUGCUCCCGCUGUUCCAGUUCAACCUGUUAAUCCUGUUACAAACAACUCUCCAGCUUCCACUGUUACACCUGUUAUUGCACCUGAACAAAAGGCAUUACCUUCUAAGCCCGAACAACAAAAGAGCAGUAGCAAAUGUAUUAUCAUGUAA